AUUCUCGCCUGGCAACGUCGUUUGCAAAUACGACAGACGCUGCUUUUUGCGUGCGCCUGGUAGGAAAAAUAUAUGUUUCAAUUUUGUCAAAAUAUUGAGAAACGGCGUAUAACCAAUUUUGUGGCGCAACGGCUCGAAUCACAGUUAAUCCCAACACACAGCAGUUGAUUGCAGCAGCAGCGUAAUGGCCGAGUAUUUGGCAUCAAUUUUUGGCACAGAAAAGGACAAAGUCAACUGCUCGUUUUAUUUUAAAAUUGGCGCCUGCCGGCAUGGCGAUCGCUGCUCUCGCAUACACAAUAAGCCGACAUUUUCGCAAACGGUGCUGCUGCAGAACCUCUACGUUAAUCCCCAAAAUUCAGCCAAAUCGGCGGAUGGCUCACAUUUGGUUGCGAACGUCUCCGAUGAGGAAAUGCAGGAGCAUUAUGACAACUUCUUCGAGGACGUCUUCGUCGAGUGCGAGGACAAGUAUGGCGAAAUCGAAGAGAUGAAUGUCUGCGACAAUUUGGGCGAUCAUUUAGUGGGCAAUGUGUACAUCAAAUUCCGCAAUGAAGCCGAUGCCGACAAGGCGGCGAAUGAUUUAAACAAUCGCUGGUUUGGCGGUCGCCCCGUCUACUCGGAACUGUCGCCAGUCACCGAUUUCCGUGAGGCCUGCUGCAGACAAUAUGAGAUGGGCGAAUGCACACGCUCCGGCUUCUGCAAUUUCAUGCACCUUAAGCCCAUUUCCCGGGAGUUGCGACGAUACUUGUAUUCGCGCCGGCGACGUAAUCGCUCAAGGUCUCGUUCCGGUGGCCCAAGGCGUCGGUCGCGCAGCCGCUCGCGUUCGCCACGACGACGACGUGAGGAUCGUGGCAUUGGCGGCGGUACAGAUCGUGGUGAGCGCGGCAUUGUCGGUGGCACAGAUCGUGGUGGGGAGCGUGGCAUUGGCGGCGGGACGGAUCGAGGCGAUCGCAAUAAUGAUCGUGAUGGCAACGAUCGGGAUCGACGCAAAGGAGGUGGUGGAGGAGGCGGUGGCGGCGGCGGAAGAUAUUAAAGUGGCUAUUCUGACUAUUGGAAUUGCAUUCAAUUUUGGAUGGUUUUUCCAAGCGAGAGAAACGGACAAAACAAAAUUGUGUGUGUACGCCAAGCAGCAAACGUGUAUUUCUCACUCGCCUCAUCUUUUGAUUUUGUUUUUUAUAUAUAUAUUAAUAUAUUAUAUGAUUUAGAGAAAGAAAGAAGGGGUGUCCUCCACACCACAUCAUAUAUUUGUAUUGUACAAACCACCCGAAAAAAUACACUAUGUGAGUUACUUUAUCGAGCGCCCAUUAGAAUUGUAAUUACUUAUACACACAUUCGUAAUAAUAAAAUUGAGUAAUAAUUAUACAGAUUUACACCUAAAAGAUACAUCUUCGAAAGCAAUAGAUACUCGAUUGUAAGAUACCUUAAAAUUAAGUGUGACCGAACAGUCAAAUGUUUUGCAACUGUAAAACUUUUGCUUUCUUUUGAUUAUUUAACUUAUAACUUAAUUUUUGUAGUGGACUAUUUAACAUCUGUGUAUAUACAGUUCAGUAAACUCACCUGCAACGAACAUAUUUAACCUUGCAAACUGUUGCAUCUAAGUUAAUCAAAAAGAAAUUUGGCAGCGUUAG